UGCGCCGUGGCGGUUGCUGGGAAACCGCGCGGACACCAGACAGACCUACUGGUGUUUGGGUUUUCCGCUGGAAGUUGUAAGCCGCCCGAACGGGAGAGGGAGUUUAGUCUGCCGAGAUGGCUUCCAAAAGGAGAACUUUGAGCUUCAGUGAAAGGCAUCAGAAUUUAGUAGAUAUAAACUAUUGCAAAAAAUUGCAUGUCGAGGCACUACAAAGGCUACAGAAUCAAACCAGGGACCGAAUGGUGCAGAGUGAGAAUGAUGACAGGGCUGAGCGCAAAAGGUUCCUCAGAUUAUUACAGGAUGAACAAUUUGAGUUGGAUAUGGAAGAGGCCAUUCAAAAGGCAGAAGAAAACAAAAGAUUGAGGGAACUCCAGCUUGAACAAGAAGAAAAAUUGGCUACAGAACUGGCAAAACUAAAACGUGAAAGUCUAAAGGAUGAAAAGUUGAGGCAACAAGUAAGAGAAAACAGUGCUGAGCUCAGAGAAUUGGAAAAGAAAUUAAAAGCAGCUUACAUGAAUAAAGAAAGAGCAGCUCAAAUUGCUGAAAAGGAUGCCAUUAAAUACGAGCAAAUGAAACGUGAUGCUGAAAUAGCCAGAACGAUGAUGGAGGAGCACGAGAGGUUGAUAAAGGAAGAGAAUGCCGCAGAGGACAAACGAAACCAAGUAAAAGCACAGUACAGUCAUGACUUAGAGAAACAGCUUGAAGAACAAGAGAAGAAAAAGCAGGAAGCUUAUGAGCAGUUGCUGAAAGAGAAGCUCAUGGUUGAUGAAAUUGUUAGGAAAAUCUAUGAAGAAGAUCAGUUGGAAAGACAGCAAAGGUUAGAGAAAAUGAAUACAACUCGAAGGUAUAUAGAAGAGUUUCAGAAAGAGCAGGCUCUCUGGAGAAAAAAGAAACGUGAGGAGAUGGAAGAAGAAAAUAGAAAAAUAAUAGAGUUUGCCAAGUUGCAGCAACAAAGAGAAGAAGAUCGAAUGGCGAAAGUUCAAGAAAGUGAAGAAAAAAGACUACAGCUUCAAAAUAUGCUGACUCAGAGGUUGGAAGAAAUGCUGCGGCAACGUGAAGAUUUAGAACAAGUGCGACAGGAAUUAUACCAGGAAGAACAAGCUGAAAUACAUAAGAAGAAACUAGAAGAAGAAGCAGAAGAGAAAUUGAGAAAGCAAAAGGAGUUGAAGCAAGAUUUUAUGGACCAAAUGGCCUUGAAGGAAUUAGUACUUCAGGCUGCAAAAGAAGAAGAGGAGACUUUUAGGAAAGCUAUGCUGGCGAAAUUUGCUGAGGAUGAUCGAAUAGAAUUAAUGAAUGCUCAGAAGCAAAGAAUGAAGCAGCUAGAACACAAGAGGGCUGUGGAAAAACUUAUAGAAGAGCGCCGCAACCAGUUCCUUGCAGACAAACAACGUGAACUGCAGGAAUGGCAGUGGCAGCAAAAAAGACAAGGAUGUAUAAAUGCAAUUGUCGAAGAAGAAAGACUAAAACUUCUCAAAGAACAUGCUACAAAACUACUAGGGUAUCUCCCUAAAGGAGUAUUCAAAAAUGAGGAUGAUAUUGAUAUGCUUGGUGAAGAGUUUAGAAAAGCAUAUCAGAAAAGGAGUGAAAUUUGUGAGAAGUGAUACCAUCAAGAUUUGGUAAAACCUGGGUUCUUUUGUAUGUUACCACUAGGUGUCAGUGUAACUUUUGUUUUAGAGUUCAGUGAGUAGGACUCCCAUUGUCUCUGGAUUUUCUAAAACAUUUCUGUAAGUUAUCAUUUAUAAAGAAUCAGUUGUAAGAAAACAUUUGUUUUCUGAUAAAGAGUAUUAUAUGCAA